AUGAAGGAAGGUUACGUUCCUUUGAUUUCCAAGUCCGCAGAAGAAGACGAAGCAUACUUGAAGAGUUUGCCACCAGGUUUUCGUUUCAGUCCAGAUGACGUUGUGCUCGUUGAUUAUUAUCUGAGGAGAAAAGUUUAUAAUCAACCACUGGCACCCCAUAGAAUUAAAGAUGUUCAACUUUACGCCUACGAUCCGGAUACUUUAACAGCGAUCAGUGAUAACGAAUCGUUUAAUGGGAAGGUAUCCGAAUGGUAUUUUUUCACAUCACGCGAUCGGAGGCAUCCGAAUGGCGCAAGACCUCAACGAGUAGCCGGCAAUGGAUUUUGGAAGGCAACUAUAGCCGAUAAAGAGAUUAGGGUUGGAAAGAAUGUCGUUGGAUUGAAGAAGACGUUGGUCUAUUAUUAUAAAAGAAAAUCAAGUCCUGAUCAGAAGACCAAUUGGAUCAUGCACGAGUAUGUAUUGAAGAAUCCUCCUACAAGAACAAGAAACGGUGCCGAUGACAAGCGGCUGGAUGAUUGGGUACUCUGUAGAGUGUACAAGAGGGAGAAGGGUGGAAGUUCAAAUCCCAAAACUCCGGUGGUGGUUAGUGAUGAAAACCAGCAAAUUGUAGCAGAUGAUGGGAAUGUGGUAACAACAACAACCCCAGUUGUUGAUGACCUCCAAUGGGUAAAUCAGCAGCAAUUUAAUUGUGGUAGCGUUGGAUCAACAGCAAUGCCACCAAUGUUAGAGAUACCACCUGCAGCUCAGUUUGGAUGGGGAAAUCCUCAAGAUUCAUAUACACAUCAACAGCAGCAGUUUAAUUGUGGUAACGUUGGAUCAACAGCAGUGCCACCAAUGUUAGAGAUACCACCUGCAGCUCAGUUUGGAUGGGGAAAUCUUCAAGAUUCAUAUACAAAUCAGCAGCAGCAGUUUCAAUUGGAAAAUCCUCAAGAUUUAUAUGCAGAUCAGCAGCAGCAGUUUCAAUGGGACAAUCCGGGAGAUUUAUAUAGAGAUCAGCAUCAGUUCCGGUCUCUUCACUUUGAGCCGCAAGUGUUACCCCCGAAGCAGCAGCAGCAGCUUUCCUAUGCCUAUCCAAGUAGCUUUGAUUUCACAGCAGCAGCAGUCGUAGCUAAGAGUGGAGCUGAAGUGGUGGAAAAUGGGAUUCCAUCUCCUGCUCCAUGUCAAGAAUUUGAUGUUUCUGCCUUCAACAUGGUGGGCCAUAGAAAACAGGUUUAA